AUGCUUCCAUCUCUUCUCCCUGUGCUUCUACUUUCAGUACUAGCAGAAGCAUCACCUGCAAAGCGAGCAACUACUCCAUCAGCGUACUGCUCAAACUCAGAUGGCAGUUACAAGCUCUCAUCAAUCGCCGCACCCGUCCAGGGCAGCGGCAAUCCAGGCUCUGAAUCGACCUGGAAGUUGAGCAUCGAUGAUACAUCUAGCGGACACAAACAAACAAUCGUGGGCUUUGGAGCCGCUGUCACUGAUUCGACAGUCACUUCCUUCAACACGCUGUCCAGUUCAACGCUGCAACAAUUGCUGAAUCAACUGAUGACCGGUGCUGGUGCUGGAUUUGCUUUGAUGCGCCAUACCAUUGGCGCUUCCGACCUAUCUGGUGACCCAGCCUAUACCUAUGAUGAUAAUGGGAAUAACGCGGAUCCAUCGCUAUCUGGUUUCAAUCUGGGCGAUCGUGGAAAUGCCAUGGCUACGAUGCUGGCUAAAAUGAAAUCUCUUCAGUCGAGUUUGAAGAUCCUUGGUUCACCUUGGAGUGCUCCUGGGUGGAUGAAGCUGAAUGGUGUGAUUGAUGGUACCACGACAAAUAAUAACCUCAAUGAUGGCUACUUGACUAGUGGAGGCACUGGGAGUACUGGGUAUGCCAGUGCCUAUGCGCAGUAUUUUGUCAAGUACAUCCAGGCGUACCAGAAUCUCGGUGCCCACAUCGAUGCGAUUACUCUUCAAAAUGAGCCUCUGAAUAGCCAGGCUGGUUAUCCUACAAUGUACAUGUUUGACUACGAAUCUGCACAGUUGAUCCAGAAUUAUGUCGGUCCCGCUCUCGCUAAAGCUGGUCUGAGCACCGAUAUUUGGGCAUAUGACCACAACACUGAUGUGCCAUCUUACCCUCAGAAUGUCAUCAACGGAGCUGGCCAGUAUGUCCACGGAGUUGCAUGGCACUGCUACGCCAGCAAUGUAGACUGGACAGUCCUCACCCAAUUCCACCAGACAAAUCCCAACAUCAAGCAAUACAUGACAGAAUGCUGGACCCCGGCAUCCGCGUCAUGGAACCAAGCCGCUGAUUUCACUAUGGGGCCAUUGCAAAACUGGGCGUCGGGCGUUACAGCCUGGACGCUUGGCACAAAUGACCAAGACGGUCCUCAUCUGUCAAGUGGCGGCUGUGGAAACUGUCGAGGUUUGGUGACUAUUUCCAAUGGCGGAUAUACCUUCAACCCGGCAUACUACAUGAUGGCUCAGUUCAGCAAGUUCAUGCCUCCGGGCGCGAUUGUGCUGAGUGGUACCGGGAGCUAUACUUACGAUAAUGGAGGAGGCGUGCAGUCUGUUGCGUCGCUGAAUCCAGACGGAACUCGCACUGUGGUUAUUGAGAACAAUUUCAGUAAUGAUAUUUACAUUACUUUGUCUACUAACAGUGGUCAGCAGUGGAGUGGCAACAUUCCAAAGCAGUCUGUCACAACCUGGGUUCUUCCUGCGGCAUAG